CCCGUCUCCCGCCGCCCCCCGGGCCAGGCCGGAGCCCCCUCGGCUCCGCCAUGUAGCGCCCCGGGCUCCUCCACCCGCCCGCGGUGGAGGGCGAGAGCGGCCACAUGGGCAACGCGCACCGCAAGAGGAGCCCGGCGGGCGUCAAGGCCGGUUCCUCCUGGCCCUUCGGCCGCCCGAAGAAGCAGGGGGCAGGCACUGCCAAGGGCGAGCCAGAGAAGCGGCUGAGCGUGCAGUACACAGCAGGCGAGGAAUGCCCCAACAAUGUCUUCUUCCCCAGCACACGGCCCCCACACCUGGAGGAGCUGCACAACCAGGCUCAGCAGGGGCUGAAGUCCCUGCAGCACCAAGAGAAGCAGAAGCAGACCAAAAGUGCCUGGGACCACGGGGACACCAGCAGCCUCCAGUCCUGUGUGUCCUUGGAGGAUGACAGCGUGUCCUUACGGAGCCAGGCGGCCUCCUGUGCCACCGACAGCACCUCUGAGGAUGCCCUCUCCAUCCGCUCCGAGAUGAUCCAGAGGAAAGGUUCCACCUUCCGACCACAUGACUCCUUUUCCAAAUCCUCAGAGAGGGCUGGCAAAAAGAGGAAGGAGAGGAGAACAACGGUGCUGGGCAUCCCUCAGCAUGUCCAGAAGGAGCUGGGUCUCAGGAACAGCCGGGAAGCCAAGGCACACCCUGAGGCUGCUGGGCGAGGGCAGGCAGAGCACGGGGGCAGCCAGGAUCCCCAGCCCUUGCUGAAUGGCAGACAGGUCUCCGGUGAUGCCAUCCGCAUCCCCACCAUUGAUGGGAAGCUACAGCCUCUGGCUGUCCCCGGGGGUGCCCGUGUCUGCUUGGGAGCCCUGGAGGCAGAUGCAGCCCUGCAGAAGCAUAUCGACUGUGUUUAUUACGAUGACACAUUGCUGGGGAGGAAGACAGCAGCCAAGUUGUCACCGAUGGUGAGGCCGAAGUCACUGGCUGUGCCAGGCAUGACCACCAACACCAGCCCUCCAGAGCUGCUGAGCCCUGUCAUGUCCAUCUCACCCCAGGGCACUUACAUGUCCAAGAUCAUCCCCAACGCCAUCCUGCCACCCAUGGUGGACGUGGUGGCCCUGACAAGGAGCAGUGUGCGGACACUGAGCCGCUGCAGCCUGGUGUCGUCCAGCCCGGCCUCCGUGCGCUCCCUCGCCCGCUUCUCGGAGCGCAGCGCCCGCAGCCGCGAGCCCUCCUCCUCCAGUGACAACUGGAGCCACUCCCAGUCCACAGAGACCAUUGUCUCCAACAGCUCCACCAUCUCAUCCCAGGGCGGUUCUGACCGUCGGCAACACAAGGCUGGGCCGCGGGGCGAGGCUGAAACUGCAGCUCGCUCUGACACCGACCAAGUCAGCGUCUACAGCUCUGCCAGCUUCUCCAGCUCCUGCUCCAAGCCCAUCACUGAGCCCACGCCUGUGACCCCUGGGCUCCUGGCUGUGGGGAGCACCAGCGGACGGGUGUCCCCCGCCUACAGCACGAGCAGCAAGGCUGAGGGCUCAGACACGGGCAGCCUGGCUAGCGAGCGCUCAUCUACCCGCAGUGUCUCCCUCAGGAAGAUGAAGAAACCUCCGGCCCCUCCUCGCAGGACUUACUCACUGCACCAGAAGGCCUCAGGGGAGCCCAAAGUGCUGGGGUUGCCCCCCAAAUCCGACCGGCAGUCCCAGCGGGAGAGCAACGCACCCUGGUCCCCGCGCCCUGAGCCCUUCAGUCCCACGGCCGAGGAUGAGGUCUUCUCCCCAUCAUCACUGAGCGAGACCAGCAGCCUCCGUUCUGAGAGCCUGGUGGGCACCAACUCCCCCGAGGUCUCACGGGGCAGCCCUGGGGUGACAGUGGUGCUGAGGGAGCCCCAGGCUCAGCCCAAGUGGAGCUGCCCAGAUGGAUCUGACCGCACCAUGUCUCCCUCCAGUGGCUACUCCAGCCAGAGUGGGACACCCACACUGCCCGCCAAGGGCUUGGGACCCCCAUCUGUGUCCCCAGGCAGGGCUCAGUCCCAGAAGCCAGACCGGGUCUCGUCCCUUCAGUCACCCACGCUCUCCAUGUCCUCCUCCCUCACCUCCAUCUCCUCCUCAGCCUCAGACCCAGCUCCCCCUGAGACACUGCCCGGACGCUCAGACAGGUUCAUCAUCCCACCGCACCCCAAGGUGCCUGCUCCCUUCUCCCCACCACCCACCAAGCCCCAUCAGCUUACAGCCCCCACUGGCCCCCUCCAUCCUUCACCAGACCCUCCGGUGCCCAGCACUGCCAGCCAGGAGCCCCCAGCCAAGCCCAGCAGCAAAUCUCCACCGCCAUCACCACCACCUGCCUACCACCCACCUCCCCCCCCGGCAAAGAAGGCAGAGGGGAGCCCCCACGCCACCAGCGAAGCCCCCACCGAUGCCUCCUGGCCUCCUCCUCCCCCCCCGGCUCCUGAGGAGCACGACCUGUCCAUGGCAGACUUCCCUCCUCCAGAUGAAGCUUACUUCUCCAGCCUGCUCCCCGAUGCCACACCAUCUCCAGCAGCUGAGCAGAAAGCAUCAGCAGAGGCUGCGUCUUCUUCCUUCUCAGCCACCGUUUCCUCAUGCAGCCAGCAGCAGGACCCUCUGGCUGGGAUGCUGCCACCACCUUCCCUUGCUGAGCCCCCUCCCAAGGCCACUGUGCCCCCACCACCCCCACUCCCCACACCCUCGGCUCCCGCACCACCACCCAUAACCGGCCUUAAGAAGGCGACCAACGGCCUGCGGGCAGAAGCCAAGAAGGAACAGGCAUCAUGGAGCAAGAGCAGCCUGGUGCCCAAGGAGGAUGCCAGCCUGCCCAUCGUCACGCCCUCGCUGCUGCAGAUGGUGCGGCUGCGCUCCGUGAACAUGGAGCCCCCCAUCGCUGGUGGUAUUGGUACUGGUACCGGUGCUGAGGAGCGGCUGGCACCCCAGAAGCCCGUCCGACGGUCCAUGUCCACACGGCAGCCCCCUCCUGCCAAAGACGUGGUGCCUUCCAACCAGCUCCACCAUGCCGUGCACCUCAAGGCAGCCACCUUGUCCUCUGGAGAGGCUGUGGAGAAGCCGCUGGGCAGCAGAGAGGCUCUGCCCGGGCCUGAGGGCCCCCCUGGGGAAGGCCAGCAGUCCCCCAGGAACAAGUCACCAGCCUCCACUGCCAGCUUCAUCUUUGCCAAGAGCUCCAAGAAGCUGGUGAUUGAGACAGCCUCAUCCCCUGAGGCGCAGGCAGACCUGAAGAGGAGCUUGGUGGCCGAGCUGAUGAAUAUGUCGGGGCAGCGCUCAGCAGCCCCGGCUGCUGCCCAGCAGGGCCCCAGCAAGGCACAAGGCCACCGAAAACCAGGCAAGGUGCCCCCUCCGGUAGCCAAGAAGCCUGUGCUUGGCCCAGGGCCAGCUCCUUCUCCCCUAAGUCCGAAGGUGCCGGCGCUGGAGGCACUGGGCUCCCCCAUGCCGGACGGGAAGGCCAAGACAGUGCUGGCGGAUGAGAGCAGGACUAAGACUGAGCCGGCAGGGACAGCGGCCUCAGAGACAGAUGCGAGCACCACGGAGCCACCAGCUCAGAGCCUCCCAGCACAAGAUGGACGGGGAGAGACAGCCUGAAGGACACAACUGCAGGAUGGUGUCCCCACCAACAGGAAUCCAAAUCUCUCAGGGACCUGGGCAGGUCAACAGACAAGUGUGGAACUGGCAACUAACUUAAUACAGGAAGCAAACAGCCUUAGCCUCCAUGGCCUUGAUGAUAUUUAUGCAAAAAUGGUGUUGGUUUCACUUAUCCUAAGUACUACAGCUUUAUUUUGCUUUUUUUUUUUUUUUUUUUUUUUAUUGGAUUUGGGGCCCAGAACGAGCACCUCCUCCCUGCCGGGUGGCUGCAACAAAAGGAGCGCAGGGGCUGAAGCUGCUGGAGCUGGAGCUGCUCUGCUUCUGGCCAGCCAGGCCCACCAGGAAUGGAAGCACUUUGGACAAGUGAACAGGAAGGCUUUGGCCAUGGCAGCAGGACAGGUCGUGGCACUGGCUGGAAGGGACCAGGACCUUUGAUGGAAAGCCAAGAGGACCUCUUGGCCACCACCUGGCCCAGCCAGCCCGCAGCUGCACUGGCCACAGGGUGGAAUGGGGGAGCCUGGCUGCCCCCACCAGCUGGUCAUCAGGCUUUGGGGUAAUGAGCCUCAAUUUGUUUCUGUAAACUCGGGUCACAUUGUGAUUUCUUUGAUU